AUGAUGAGUAACACAGCCUUGUCGUCCCACACAAGCACCGUGUCGAUCAGAAACUCCCUGCCUAGCCACAAAGAUCUCAAAGUCCAAUGCCAAUCCUUUAGCCAAGAUUUGGGAUACCAUAUAGUGCAUCCCACAGGAUCCUACACUUUCCGUUACGCAGAAUGGGGUCAAGGUGAUGACGAGCACAAAUUCUGUCGUCUAUGGCAAGGACCUAACUUCAAGCAUCACCAAGUCUUUGAUGUUGACAAUGGCGACGUAUGGGAAGCUAGAGAAGACGGUAUAUACCUAUCUUUGGAUCACUUGGAGGAUCACCGUGAUCAGUUUGCGUUCCUGUAUCCUUGGGAUGAUCAAAGUGUUAAGUUACAUGGGCUUCCAAUUCAAAACCAAUUGGCAAUGAGUGGAGAGGCCCACAUCCCUUAUAUACUACUUGAGAUCCCUUCCAAUUUCCGAUGUGGGAUAUUUAUCCCUAAUAUACCCCCUCGAGACGAUGGCCAGAGUGGAGAGGUCCACAUCCCUUAUAUACUACUUGAGAUCCCUUCCAACUUCCGAUGUGGGAUAUUUAUCCCUAAUAUGCCCUCUCGAGACGAUGGCUAUUUGGCCAUCGAUCUCGGUAUGUUCGGACUUGGAUCGCCAGCACCAAUUUUGGGCAUAGUUGAUGAUUGGACCAACUAUGGGUCGGAUCGGGUUGGAAUGUAUGGAUCGGGGCUCUGA